AAAAAGAGAGGAGUUCAAAUGGGCUGAAGCAACUGGAUUAUUUACCUAGUUUAUUUCAAUCUACAUACUUCAAGAUGAAUAGCAGCAAUAAAUUGUCUCAGUCAAGUGCCAUAAGAGCAGAGGUAAAACGGCAUGAAUCCGUUCAGAACACAAUCAACAAACUGUUUAAGCAGUUUGAGAGGGUUGGUGAUCAGCAGCUCCGCUCUGGCCUUAAGGUUUACCUCCACAGUAUUCAAGCGGCUUGUGCAAAUAGUCAAGAGUGGACCUUGAGUCGAUCCAUCCCUGAGCUCCGUGUGGGGGUGCUGGGAAGUCUUCGGAGUGGCAGGUCAGCGCUGAUAAACAGAUACAUAACAGGAAGUUACCUUCCACUAGAGAAGAUUGAAGGGGGGAGGUAUAAGAAGGAGGUAUUGGUAGAUGGACAGAGUCAUCUAUUGCUAAUCAGAGAGGAGGCAGUUACUCCUGAUGCACAGAUCAGCAACUGGGUAGAUGCAGUGGUCCUUGUGUUCAGUCUGGAGAAUGAGGCCAGCUUCCAGGAUGUCUACCAGCUGUACAGCCAGCUCAACACACAUCGCAUCAGUGCUGACAUCCCACUUGUUGUGGUUGGGACACAAGACAAAAUCAGCAGUACCAACCCACGUGUGAUUGAGGACAUGCGUGCCCGGCAGCUAUGUGUUGAUGUGAGGCACUGUGUGUUCUAUGAGACCUGUGCCACCUAUGGGCUCAACGUAGACCGGGUUUUUCAGGAGGCUGCCCAGAAAAUAGUCGCACAGAAGAAACAGUCUGCGUUCCUGGCCUCCUGCAAGUCUCUUCCUAACUCCCCCAGUCACUCUGGGGGCUCCACAUCGGGGUCAGCAUCCUUCCUUGGACAGGCCAGUAAUGGAGGACUGAAUAGUGGCUACCCCUCCUCUCUACCCUCCACCCCUGUGAUCAGCCACAGAGAGCUGCGGGGCGGGGCAGGGGCGGUGGCAGCAGUAGAGGGGGCUGGCAGUAUCACCUCCUCAGGGUCCAUGAGAAACAUCCCUCAACGGCGGACCUCUCUGUUCAAGAACCGUCGAGGCAGUGGCAGUGAAAAGAAUGUUGACCCUAAAGGUGACGUGGGCAGUGGCCGGGCCAUCGCUAUCAAACAGAGUAUCCUAUGGAAGCGGAGUGGGAGCUCACUGAACAAAGAGUGGAAGAAGAAAUAUGUCACUCUGUCCAACAACGGCUCCCUGGUCUAUCACCCCAGCCACAAUGACUAUAUACAGAAUUCUCACGCUAAAGAGAUCGACCUACUGCGUGUCACAGUGAAGGUUCCAGGGAAACGCCCACCAAGGGCAGUCCCCCCUUAUGGGCCCUCCCCUGGCCUGAACGGUGUGGCCAAGGAUGCUGCACCCACAGAGAGCGCCAGUGCCCCAUUGUUGCCACCAAGCCUUGUGCCUGUUGAAGAACAGCCUGGUGCGUUGUCUUCUCCCGGAGAUAGAGGAGUAAAACGUUGUCCAUCAACACUGUCCAGCAAGUCACAUAGUGCUGAUGCUAUUGAAGGAGCAACCAGUCCCCCUUUUGGAAAAGAUGGUCAAUCCUCUCCAAUGAUGGACAAAAGGAAGAAAACAAGGAAGAAGAGUAUGAACCAGAAAGGCGACACAGCCAUUGGACAGGCUGAAGAUGAGGAGAAUACUGGCUUCAUCAUCGUGUCCAGCACGGGGCAGACGUGGCACUUUGAGGCCCAGAGUCUGGAGGACAGAGAUGCCUGGGUGACGGCCAUAGAGAGCCAGAUACUGGCCAGCCUGCAAUCCUGUGAGAGCCUCAGGAACAAGGCACGGAGGAGCAGCCAGAGUGAGGCGGUUGCCAUACAGGCCAUUCGCAAUGCCAAGGGCAACAGCUUCUGUGUGGACUGUGGAGCACCAAACCCCACGUGGGCCAGCCUCAACCUGGGUGCGUUGAUCUGCAUCGAGUGUUCAGGGAUCCACCGUAAUCUGGGGACACACCUGUCCCGCGUCCGCUCUCUGGACCUGGAUGACUGGCCCAGGGAGCUGACACAGGUCCUGACUGCCAUUGGCAACCACUUGGCCAAUAGCAUCUGGGAAUGCCACACCCAGGGCAGACACAAACCCACACCCAACGCCACACGAGAGGAGAGAGAAUCAUGGAUCCGUGCAAAAUACGAGCAGCGUGUGUUUGUGGCACCCCUGCCUGCUCUAAGCCCCACAGGCCCAGGGGACACUGCGAUGUCUGUGUGUCUGCUGUCCGCGGUGACAGAGAGGGAUUUGCCCAGGCUCCUACUGCUCCUGGCUCACAUCAACAAGGAGCAGAUCAACACUGCCCUGGCCAACGGAGGAACACCCUCACAGCCACAGCCUCACACCUCCCUGCACGCUGCCUGUCAGCUGGGUGAUGUGGUAAUGACACAGCUGCUAGUCUGGUAUGGAAGUGAUGUGAAGGCCAGGGAUCCUCAGGGCCGGACAGCCAUGACCAUGGCUAGAAAAACUGGGAGCAAAGAGUGUGCUGACAUCCUCCUGCAACAUGGCUGCCCUAACUAGUUGGGAUUUGAGUAA